AUGGAACUUGAUCUUGAUGAUUUCAUUUUGGCUGUUACUGCAUGCGCUAAAAAGCCAAUUACACAACUGAUAAACGAAUCGGAAAUUAUAAAACUGUGCGAUUUAGUCCUUGAAGUUUUUCAAUCACAAGAUAUUCUACUAAAUUUAAUACCGCCCGUUACAGUUUGCGGCGAUAUACAUGGACAGUUUACUGACCUUCUUAAAAUUUUCGAAAAAUGCGGUUCUCCAGAUGAAGUCAAUUACUUGUUCUUAGGUGAUUAUGUAGAUAGAGGUCCUUCUAGUAUUGCGACAUUAUGCUUGCUAUUUGCUUAUAAGUGUAAGUACCCUACAAACUUCUUUUUACUCAGAGGAAAUCACGAAUCAGAAGCUGUAAACAAAGAUUUCGGUUUUUACAGAGAAUGUGUUGAAAGUUACAGCAAAUCACUAUGGGAAAAAUCCAAUUCUACAUUUAAAUACAUGCCAGUUGCAGCAACAAUAAAUAAUAGAAUUUUAUGCAUUCAUGCAGGAAUAUCUCCAAAAUUAAAAUGCAUUUAUGAUAUAAAACAGAUCCAAAGACCAGCUGAGAUUGAAACCGACUCUCUUCUUUGCGAUUUAUUAUGGGCUGAUCCUGACAACAGAAUUAACUAUUUUACUGCGAAUCCUCGCGGCGUUUCGGUUUUGUAUGGUGCCGAAGCUGUGAAAAAUUUCUUUAAUGGGACGGAUUUUGAUUUAAUAAUUAGAUCUCAUCAACACGUUGAUGAAGGAUAUUUGGCACCAUUUAAUCCAAAUAUGUCUGUUCUUACGAUAUUUGGCGUACCAAAUUAUAUGGGAACAGUGAAUAAUAAAGCUGCAAUGGUCAACAUUUCUCCAGACAUGGUUUGCACAUUCACUGUUAUCUCACCUCCUUCGUCAAGAAAGCACAAAAGUAAGAAAUCAAAGAAUCAUAAGUAA